UAUAUAACUGAAAUUUCAAUAUUAGAUAGGAGCUAUCAUGGAGGGUAGGUUAAAGAUGCUCCAAGAGAACACCAAGAAUAUCAGAAAUCUCUGUAUUCUGGCUCACGUGGAUCAUGGAAAAACUACCAUUGCAGAUUCUUUGAUAGCUAGUAAUGGUAUCAUAUCACAAAGACUCGCUGGAAAGCUGAGAUACCUUGAUAACCUGAACCAAGAAAAGGCCAGAGGAAUAACUAUGAAAUCCAGUGCAAUCUCUCUUCAUCAUAGGAAUAGUGGUGAAGAUUAUUUACUGAAUCUCAUAGACAGUCCUGGUCAUGUAGAUUUUAGUGGAGAGGUUUCAACAGCUGUGCGGCUCUGUGAUGGAGCCUAUAUUGUAGUUGAUGUGGUGGAAGGAGUUUGCCCACAAACAGUAACAGUAUUACAACAAGCUUGGGCAGAAUGUAUAAAACCUUGUCUGAUCCUCAACAAGUGCGACAGACUUAUCACUGAAAUGAAGUUUUCUCCGGACGAGGCGUACGUGCACUUACAGAGACUUUUAGAGCAGAUAAACAGUAAAGUUGGGGAGUUGCACUCGUCCUCUGUCAUGAAGAAGGAACAUCAGGAGUAUAUGAAAUCCAGACUGCCAACUGAAGCUGAACCAGAAAGUGACUCUGUGUACGACUGGUCCAGCGGGUUAGACCUCGACGAGAACGAUGAUUCCAAUAUUUACUUUUCACCGGAGCUGGGGAAUGUAGCCUUCGCUAGUGCUAGUGACGGCUGGGCAUUCAGAAUCUCUACAUUUGCUACACAGUACCAGCGUAAAAUGGGGAUAAAGAGAUCAGUGCUCAUGAAAACACUGUGGGGUGAUUAUUAUCUGAACAACAAAGCUAAACAGAUAUCUAAAGGAGCCUAUGCCAAGGGAAAGAGACCUCUAUUUGUAACUUUCAUCUUAGAUAGUAUAUGGAAUGUUUACAGAGCGGUGUUAUUACAGAGGAACAAAGAAAGAAUAGAUCAGAUAGUAACCUCUUUAAAACUGAAGAUAGCACCCCGCGAUGCACGGAGCACUGAUUACAGAGUUCAGUUAUUUGCUGUGUGCAGCGCCUGGAUGCCUAUGGCUGCCACUGUUCUGGACAUGGCGUGUGAAGUGUUACCAGCACCAAACGAACUAACCUCUGAGAAAAUACAAAACCUACUCUGUUCCGGUGUUACUAGUAUAGAGCAACUACCCCCAGAGACUCAGGAUCUUAAAACUGCGUUUAGGAAUUGUAGUGGUGACGACAAUGACCCCGUCAUAGUAUACGUUAGCAAAAUGUUCAGUGUCUUACCUGGUGCUAUAUCAACCAAUAAACACAGACCCCUUACUGAUGAUGAGAUUGAGCGAAGAAGAGAUGCUGCCAGAAUAAGGAACCAACAGAAACUUACUGUCAACUUCAACCCCGAAACUAUCGAGCUGGGACCAAGACGAGAUACUGUUGAGGAAGAGAAGGAACCUGAUAAGGAGCAGUUUAUAGCUUUCUGUAGAAUUUACAGUGGAAGGAUUGAACCAGGAAAACAGGUGUUUGUGCUGGGCCCACGACACGACCCGCGCACGAUAGCUGCGCAGGAGCGCUCCACUAUGGGCGUAAAUGUGCACGUGGGCAAGGUAGCUCUGGGAGCUUGUUACUUGUUGAUGGGUGGAGAUCUAGAGGUGGUUCCUUCUGUCGCUGCAGGUAACAUAUGCGGCAUUGGCGGACUGAAAGAUCUAAUCCAGAAAAGCGCCACAAUAUCAGAUUCCUUAUUCUGUCCACCCUUCCACGGGAUGUCCCACUGGCAGACCCCUGUACUCAGGGUGGCUGUUGAACCCACAAACCCGGCAGAGAUCCCCGCUCUUAUUAUGGGAAUGAAGCUGCUGAACCAAUCAGAUCCUUGUGUAGAGACCACAGUACUGGAUACCGGAGAACUGGUGCUCUGUACUUCUGGAGAAGUUCAUCUGGACAGAUGUAUUGAGGAUCUUAAAACCAGGUUCAGUAAAAUAGAUAUCAAAGUCUCCCCACCGUUAGUAAGUUUCAGAGAAACUAUAGUUAUCCCUCCCAAGCUCGACAAAGUUAAUGAGGCAAUAAUUGAAGAGAUGUCAGACUCUUCCAACAGCAAAGCCCACACGAUCCAAACGGCCAACAAAUCCAUCAGUUUCACAGUACAAGCCUUUCCUCUAUCAGAGGAGUUUGUUAAUUUCAUAUCAGAGAAUAGAAACGCCCUGAAAUGUCUGGUUAACUCUACCCUGUUUGCUGGCUCUACUAAUCAUACUCCCGCGCCCAUAGACGAACAUACAGAUUUUAAGAUCGAAGAGUUCAAGCUAUUUCUUGAGGAGCACCUAGAGGAUAUACCAGUUGAGAAUUGUAUCGAGAAGAUAAUUUGUUUUGGUCCCAGUCAGAUCGGUCCGAACAUUCUGAUCAACAAUAUUCCACGGUACGACAGGCCGGUUAUCUGGCCCGGGAGUGACAGUGAGAAUCUGGAUAUGAGUUGUCUCUGGGACUACGAGAGCAGCGUUAUACGUGGCUUUGAUCUGGCCGUCUCUAGCGGACCACUGUGCGAGGAGCCGAUGGCAGCUACACUGUUUGUACUACAAGAGUGGAUAGGAUCCUGGCAGUCAGAUACCACCGAAUCUGUUGGUCAGCCAAUAGCCGGCCAGAUCGUCUCAGCGGUAAAAGAAGGCUGCAGACAAGCUUUCUUGAAAAAACCAUGUCGACUUAUGAUAGCUAUGUACAAGUGCGAAGUACAGGCAACAGCAGAGGUGCUAGGCAGAGUGUAUGGAGUUUUGGCAAAGCGCCAGGGAAGAGUUAUAAGUGAAGAACUAAAAGAGGGCUCCGGGACAUUUGUCAUUGCGGCGGUUCUGCCUGUUGCGGAGAGUUUGGGAUUCGCUGAUGAAAUUAGGAAGAAGACGUCUGGAUUUGCCAUGCCGCAACUUGUGUUUAGUCAUUGGGAGACUUUACAAGAAGACCCGUUUUGGGUUCCGACGACUGAAGAAGAGCUGGCACAUUUUGGAGAAUUGGGUGAUUCAGGUAACCUGGCUCACGACUAUAUGAUGAGUGCGAGAAAGAGAAAAGGACUCUCCACUGACGAACAGAUUGUGGUUUCUGGAGAAAAGCAGCGAACUCUUAAGAAAAACAAGUGAAACUCCAAAAAUUGGGGGAAGACUUUUAUUUGUAUAUGAAUAUUAGUUACAUCAAUCUGUUUACAAAAGGAUCCACGACAAAUUCGUAUUUCUUAAUCACCUAAAGGGUUUCCAACAAUAAUGUCUUCUACGAGCAGAUUGCUUUCUUGUGCCCUUAUUCACACAUUUGCGGGUUUCUCAAUUUCUAAUCCUCGCAACCGUUCAUCACUGUUGGUUUAGCGAAUCAGAAGUCUUCCACCCUUUCCAGGCAUAACUGUUCAGAAUUCCUGACUGUUCAAUGGCUCCGAUUCUCUUGGAUUCUGCUGGCGGUUUCGUCAUUUUACUCAAUCUGUCCACGAUCUCUUGAACCUAUAAAGUGUUUAAUAUUACAGCAUGUGAUCGUUCUAUGGGAAAGUGAAAUGAUCUUAUUUUCUGACAACAUGUAGCGGUAAAAUCUCAUGCUCUGCGAUUUAUAAACCUAAUCAUGUUAGUCUGCGACACGAAUAUUUAAGAGACAAUUUAUCCUACUGUAAACAUUCCAACUUACCUCUUCUUUUUCUUUAGCUCCUCCAGGUCGCUCUAUAUCGGGGAUGUUCUUAUGCGAGACUCUCGACUGAAAAAUUUAACUUUAGCGACUAAUAGUGCACCGCAAAGUAAUACACUGUACAAGCAGACUUUAAACUAUCUGUAUUGCCAAUACAGCUAGUUAAAAGUCUGCUUGUGAUGAUUGUGUCCUCUGCUUACGGUAGUCAAGUAGCCAAUACUUGUUAAACUUUCUCGGCACUGCUCGUUAGAUAUAUGCUAAAUCAUCGGCCGUGUAUUUUUAUCACAAGCUGUUGCUAUUAUUAUCAACUAACAUAUGCAUAAAAACAUUACGCAUAUAAAGGUGCUAAAAGCAUUGGGUGUGAGUCUCGGUCCUUGGAUGAGUCUGACUAAAUACACAAUAGCGCUACAUUUCUAAGAUGAUUAGGGUUGCAUUGUUUGUCCUAUCUUUGUUCCUCCAGGUUGAUUUUACACAGGAGCGUGUAAACACAGAUUCGAAUGAUGUAACAAUGAAUCUGGACCGGGUCAUUGAAGACCUUCGACUAAAACUCAAUCCUAUUGGAUUUUUAGAAGACAAGCUGGUUGGGAAUCUAAAAGGAGGUCUACGCUAGCUCCUAAGGUUUACAACAUUUAUCUGAUAGAAAACAAUCUUAAAUACAGUCCCGAGGAGCAAAAGAUGAGGUACAAAAUAUUUGAAAAUGCUUUGAAAAAGGUUCUUUUCGAGAACAAUGGGACUUGGAAGAAAGGAAUAAACAAGUUUUCUGACAAGUCUGAGGUGGAACGGGAAGCGUAUCUCGGAUAUAACCGCUCAAGACCGCUAUCCUCAGAGGUCAGUGGUAGAGGUAAACCUGGAAUGGUUGGAGUUAGUAUGAUAGUUGGAGGUCGGAGCCGUUUGGGCUGGCCGCUCUACCCUACAUCCAAAACUGUGGACUGGAGGGAGAGAGGUGCUAUGACCAUCCCUCUCGACCAAGGAGAUUGUGGAAUUUGUUGGGCCUUUGCAUCCACUUCCGUUUUAGAGUCUCUAUAUUUCAUCAAGACGGGAGUACUGAGGUCCAUGUCUGUGCAGCAGGUUGCCGAUUGUACCAACUCUUCUAAUGGAUGUGUUGGAGGUUGGUUUGGUGACGUGUACUCUUAUCUCAUGAACUCAAACAAGCUCGCUUCCAGCAACUCUUACCCGCUAGAUCUACCAAAAAAGGGAGCGAGAUUCACCAUUAAUCGAGGGUGUGAUAAUAAAAAACUAAAGGUAUCAAAAGACGCCAUAAAAGUUGCCUAUUUGAGCCAGUAUGAGUCCGGAAUAACAGAAGAGAGUAUAAUUGGAGCCUUGUCAAGACAACCACUAACCGCAGGGAUAUAUUCACCUCCUUCUCUCUUCUCCUACAAGUCUGGUCUGUUUCUUGAGAAGAAUUGUCCUAGUUCAAUGGAGACGAAUAACCACGCCGUUGUCCUGGCUGGUUACUCUCCUUCUACCUUUCUUGUUAAAAACUCGUGGGGUGAAAGUUGGGGUGAAAAGGGCUAAUUCAGAUUAAAACGAGUAGGAUCCAACUGCGGUGUGACCACCGACGUUGUGUGGCCAACUCUCCACACCUACCAGGAGAGGGACCCAGACUCAAGCUUCACUCCCUGUAAGGACACACAGCCCUGGUGUCGGAACUUUGCCGUAACAGCAUGUCCCUUCUCUGCUCCCUUCAGAGAGACAUGUCCCUACUCCUGCUCCGUAUGCUCUUGUAGGGAUCUUGCGGAGGGCUGUUCAGAUAAACUCCACCAGUGUAGCACGCACUCUACAGUUAAAUGGGCAUGUAGGAGAUCGUGUGAAUUGUGUCAAUGUCCUCCUGGUACCUCACUCUGUAGAACACAAUGUGUGCCGUACUGGCACCAGGGCUACAAACCUCAGCAGUGUGAUAACAAACCUCUAAAGAACUCCGAGUUCGAGGAUUAAACGAUUUGGUGGUUAUACGAGCUGUACAGAUUAAUAAAACUAAAGCUAAUGCUUUCAUAAUUCAUAAGUAUCAUUAUAUUAACACGAUUAAAGUUUAACAUUAUUCCUAUCAUAAUUCGGUUUGUCAUCGGUUUGCUAUUUUUGCUACACUUAUCUUUAAGAGCCCUGUUGUUGGUAUAAAAGCUAUCAAACAAAAGAGAAAAUGACAAACCUUGGUUUCGGUGGUAUGAAGUCUCUCAGUCAACUCCUGAACUUGACCUCCUUCCAAUUUCUGAGUGCCAAGGGGAAAGGGAGGUUCGACUAUAGUUCCCCAGUUAGAAUUUAAUCGUGGAUCCUUUGCUGCUGUUUGUGCUGCCAUUUUGCAACGUAUUUGAUUUAAGAAAAGAUUUGUCGAUACGGACAACGAAUGUAAAGAUAAAACUAAAACUUAAUGGCUGCAAGUAUAGCACUGCCGUUAUUAACGCGACUUACAUGGACCAUUUUAAAAACUUUUUAGCAAACUGGGAAUAAUGCUUGCUGAAAAUCAUUUUGUGAUUUCGUUAC